UCCUGCAGUCGGUCUGCUGCUCACCUGAGAGUCCGCACAGGAAGCAACCGGAGGAUUUAACGCAACACUGCGGGAUUAAUGCGGGACGAGUCACCGCGUUCACGGUGUUAACGUCUCUGAGAGGAAAAUACAGUCGCCAUGGUAACCGCUCCGAUGGUGCUGAUGGUGUGUCUUGCGCUCGUGCUGUGUUCCCGCGGCGGGGAGGCGCGUGUCAGACUGAACUCCAUCCGGACGGUGAUCCUGCGGGAGGGGCACGCGCUACCGGUGAACAGGAGCACGUGGGAGCCGAGCUUGGACCUGACGCUCUAUCAGUGUAUGAGCGACCUGGAGUGCAGUGAGGGGAGUUACUGCCACGCCCCCACCAAAGGCCCCGCCCACUCUCGCUGUCAGACCUGCCGCAGGAGGAAGAGGCGUUGCCAUAGGGACGGCAUGUGUUGCCCGGGCAACCGCUGCAGCAACAAUCUCUGUAUCCCCGACGUGGACAGUUUUGUGUCUCAGAGGAUCCCGGACUCAGACGGAGGGAUGAGUCCGCUGUCCAAAAAGAAAGGAUGGAGGAAGAGAGGGAGGAUGGACGUCAAAGGGCCGUCAGGUAAAGGUCAGGUCGGCGACCCCUGUCUUCGCUCCUCGGACUGUUCGGAGGCUUUGUGUUGCGCCCGUCACUUCUGGACUCGCAUCUGUAAGCCGGUGUUGCGGGAGGGACAGGUUUGCACGCGACACCGCCGGAAGGGGAACCACGGCCUGGAGCUGUUCCAACGCUGCCCCUGUGGCGACGGACUGAGCUGCAGGACGCUGCGAGAGCCCGGCGCCCAGCCUUCCUCGCCAUCCUCGUCGUCGUCCUCACUGCUGGCGGCGGCGGCAAAGUCCAAGUUCGCGGCGCCCUCUUCCCGCCACUCCUCCCCGCACACGUCGCUGCUGUCGUCCUCAAAGUCGGCGGCGGCGGUGGCGAAGACGAGGCUUCACGUGUGCCAGAAAAACUGAGGAAGGACGGACGAAGACGGACAGACCUUCCUCUCUCUGCCAAUGAUCGACCUCAGAGGGGACGAGAGGCAGACAGCGAGGAGAGUGAGACAGGGACACGGAGGGAGGGAGGGGUGAAUACCUGUUUACGCCUGUGGAGGAUUCCCGCCUCCGAACUGUCCCACUAUCUCAAUGCUAAUUAGCUUCCUGUCGGGCUGCAUUCACACACAAAGUCAGCGGGAUGUGAAACUCUUUUGUCGUUCGGAUCCAGUUUCCUCUCGGGCGUCUAGACGAGGCUGAAACCGCUUUGAAAUCCAGUUUGACCCCAUUUACACCGACAGGAAACCCAUUAAUAUUUAAAACCUGAUACGUGUCGUUGUAACGGCCUCCAGCAAGCUUUUAUUUUGAAAAACCACAGUCUGGACUAUGUUUAAAAUAUAUCUUUAUUCUUCUGUAAGGUUCAACUAAGUCUCACUUUUUCAGUAAUGUUUUAAUGGGGUCUUUGUGGCAGUGGAUUAACUUUGUUUAUUAGAACGAUUUUCAAAAUAAAAGUCCUGAGUUGCACUGAUAGAAGGAGGUUUAAUUCGGCUCACGUGCAACAAUAUUUAAUCUGGUCAGCAUUUACACAGGAAACACUGAACUCAACCUUCAGUUCUUUGUCCAUUUUGGGAACCACGAAAGACAAAAACAGCUCAGGUGUUAAAAUUAGUUUUAGCUUUAGUUUCAUGUGAUAAACAACAACAGUUUAACUCACAUUAGCCAAACUCAGAGGCCUUCCAACACCUCAAGGACACAUUUAAAUGAAAUAAAUAAACUCUGUAGACCCUCUCCUCUUCUGUCAAACCCAGAAGGAACUCGUCCCGAACUGUGAAACGUUGUUAAAGCCCGGACAUCCUGUUUGAUUGCACUGUUGUUAUUGUGAUAGAGUUAUUUUUCUAUAAGUUGUUUCCUGUAUAUUUUGGAUGAAUGUUGGUAUAAUUAUUUGUUUGUUAUGUGUCAUUUAUUUUGGGGGUUUAUUUCCACCACUUUAAGAAGGAAUCUUCUGUAUUGUGAGGCAGACUAAUCAAUCACUAAUCUGUGUUUUUAUGAUUAAAAAGAUUUGUCAUUUCCAAUAA